UGUCAUUUUGUAAGGAGGUCAGAAUGUUAGCAGAUCUAUACUUUGUUUGGUAGUUUGUUAGAUGCAGAGAACAUUUGCAUUUUCAAUGUAUCCAGAGUUUGACGUGCCAGAUCUGGCCCUUCUAUUCCUGAAUCAAGUUGGAGACCCUCAGUAGACAGUGGUAUCUGGAGGUGCAAGUGAAAGUGUAGGGAAACAUAUGCUUGAAGCCUGCAACAAUAAUCUGGAGAUGGCAGUCACCAUGUUUUUGGAUGGUGGAGGAAUCGCUGAAGAGCCAAGUACCAGUUCAGCAAGUGUCUCCACUGUCCGACCACACACAGAAGAGGAAGUUCGUGCCCCAAUUCCUCAAAAGCAGGAAAUAUUGGUGGAACCAGAACCUUUGUUUGGUGCUCCUAAAAGACGACGGCCUGCACGUUCAAUAUUUGAUGGUUUCCGGGAUUUCCAAACUGAAACUAUUCGGCAAGAACAGGAAUUAAGAAAUGGAGGAGCAAUAGAUAAGAAACUAACUACACUUGCAGAUCUAUUCCGGCCACCCAUUGAUUUGAUGCAUAAAGGCAGCUUUGAAACAGCCAAAGAGUGUGGCCAGAUGCAGAAUAAGUGGCUGAUGAUAAACAUUCAGAAUGUACAAGACUUUGCAUGCCAGUGCCUCAACCGUGACGUAUGGAGCAACGAAGCUGUGAAGAAUAUUAUCCGAGAACAUUUCAUUUUCUGGCAGGUUUAUCAUGACAGUGAGGAAGGUCAGAGAUACAUACAGUUUUAUAAGCUAGGGGAUUUCCCCUAUGUUUCCAUCUUGGAUCCACGGACAGGUCAGAAGCUAGUAGAGUGGCACCAGUUAGACGUAUCUUCUUUCUUGGACCAAGUAACAGGAUUUCUGGGUGAACACGGGCAACUGGAUGGACUUUCUAGCAGUCCCCCAAAAAAAUGUGCCCGUUCAGAGAGUCUUAUAGAUGCAAGUGAAGACAGCCAGCUAGAAGCUGCCAUCAGAGCCUCCUUGCAAGAGACACAUUUUGAUUCCACACAGACAAAACAGGAUAGCCGCUCAGAUGAAGAAUCUGAAUCUGAACUUUUUUCUGGCAGUGAGGAGUUCAUAUCCGUUUGUGGCUCUGAUGAGGAGGAGGAGAUAGAGAAUCUUGCCAAGUCUAGAAAGUCUCCCCACAAAGAUUUGGGGCAUAGGAAAGAGGAGAACAGAAGGUCACUGACUGAGCCCCCUGCCAGAACUGAGCCUGGAACAGCCACAAACCACCAAGGAUUGCCAGCGAUGGAUUCAGAAAUAUUGGAGAUGUCACCUGAAAAAUCAGAUGGAAUAGUGGAGGGCAUUGAUGUAAAUGGACCAAAAGCACAGCUGAUGUUGCGAUAUCCAGAUGGAAAAAGGGAACAAAUCACUCUUCCAGAGCAAGCUAAACUACUAGCUUUGGUGAAGCAUGUCCAAUCUAAAGGAUAUCCAAAUGAACGUUUUGAACUUCUCACCAACUUCCCUCGAAGGAAACUCUCUCAUCUGGACUAUGAUAUUACAUUACAGGAGGCAGGCCUUUGUCCUCAAGAGACUGUCUUUGUACAGGAAAGAAAUUAACAUCAUGGCCUGACCUCUCUCAGCUUACCCCUUUUUUUCCCUUUUUCUGUGAGAUACCAUGUCACUGAGUAUGUAUUUUGGCUCAUAGGACCAUAGAGCCAAAGUUGGGCAAGCAAGUCACCUGCCUUCUCUUUUAUUUCUUGUUCUCUCCUAUAAUCAGUCUCACACACCCCAGCCCACCCCUCUUUUUCUCUCUUCUCCCAUUUUCUUCUUUUUCCUACUUUUCUCUCUUUCUUACCUAAUCUGGUGACCAAAAUGGAAGUGUUAGGAUAAGACCUCCUAGUACUGGCAGCAGGAAAUGUAUGUUCCAAUAAGUGGUCUCUUACACGGCACUUUUUGGGGAUCAAAUGAUAAUGUUACUCCUCAGACUCCUUUUGGUAAAGGUAUGGCUAGAUUCAGAAUAAGAACAGCCUCCUUUUUUUGUAAGCCCCAUGUUUAGUAGGGAGAAGAAAUUCUCUAAUACAUGUUUUGUUUAUUAUUCAUGUAGGAAAUAGCGUGUAACAGUGUCCAGGGUUUUGUUUACAUGGAAAAAGCGUCCUUUAUAAUUAUUGCUCAUCAUAUUUAAAAUUUUUUUCAAAGGAUUCCCAUCUUCCCAGCUAGAAUUGUUUCCAUGAUAUGUUUUAUUGACAGAAAGAAUGUUAAAGUAGGGUGAGUAGCAUGGGGUGGCUUUCAAUAUCCUAGCCUGAGACAGCUUUCUUUAUUACUCUAUAAACUAUCUUGAUCCUGCUAGUCCUGGAAUGGACAUUUCGUGAGCCUAUUGUGGUGACUGGGAUAGGAAGGUGCUUGCUGUUCUUGCCAGUACAGCAUAAUAGUUCCUUUGGCCCUUCCAUUGUUUGGGUCCACAAGUGAUCUGUAGGAAGGCAGAUGUUCAAUAAUCAUGAGUACAGUGGCUUGUAGUUGUAACCACUAUGGUUAUUGAUUGUCCUAUGUACUUUAAGGCAUACUUAAUGUAUGCCCCAGGGGAAAAAGAAAAGAUGCAGCUGAGAGUUGCUAACCAUGUUCCUUUGGUUAGAAAUAAUGAUUCAUUUUUUUACCCUUGGUUGGAACAGUCUCUAAAAGGCUCUGGUGACUGAAUGAGCCUAAUUCCUCAUGCUGUUUCUUGCAAAAGGUAUCAAAACUGAAAACCUCUCUAAGUGGAAGACCUUUAAAAUCAAUUCAUAAGACAACAUUUAGUAAGGGAGGUGGGGAAGAUGACUAGUAAUCUUCAGAUGUGGGUUUUUUCUGCCAACAAAAGCCACAUUCAAAUUGUAGUUGAUGAACGCUUUUUUCAGUAUUAUUUAGAAGAGGCCAUCUUGAAUCUAUAUAAUAUGAUUUGACUUAUCAGCUUCACAUUAUGCUCGAUUCUUAUUUUGAGCUUUAGAGUCCUCUGAAGGGGUAGUAGUAACUCUGGUGGCAAAAUCAGAACUUUAACUUGUUAUAAAACCAUAAUACAGAAUGAACGUAUUUUGUCAAUUGGGGUUUAGAUUGACUGAUUCUUCUGCUUGAGGAACAUAAAUUGCUAUUGCUCAGAGACCUUCAGGUUCCCAUCUACUUUAAGAUCACUCUCUUGGCAACUAGGGGAUUUAAAAAAAAAAAAAAGUUUGUUGUUGCUAGUACACAAUUAGAGAAUACAGAUUCUAAUGGUUGGACUUUGAGGGACCCUCUCUAAAGAAUGAGUUAUGUAUCUCCUCAAGGAAAUCAUGGAAAAUUCUGUUUAUUCUUCAGUGAGUCCUAUUGAAUUAAUGUUCUUACAUUUUUUUCUAAGUCUGUGUAAGUGCUUAUGUAUAAGUAUAUAAUUGUAUAAAUAUUUAUAAAUAUAUUUAUAUAAUU